CUUCCUCCUGGAACACCCUCCCUCUCCGAAGAAGAUGCCGGCGGACAUAAUGGAGAAAAACUCCUCCUCCCCCGUGGCUGCCACCCCAGCCAGUGUCAAUACGACGCCCGAUAAGCCAAAGACCGCGUCCGAGCACAGAAAGUCAUCUAAGCCCAUCAUGGAGAAAAGAAGAAGAGCGAGAAUUAACGAGAGUCUCAGCCAGCUGAAAACACUGAUCUUGGAUGCACUUAAGAAAGAUAGUUCGAGGCAUUCCAAACUGGAGAAGGCCGAUAUUCUGGAAAUGACAGUAAAGCAUCUCCGGAACCUGCAGAGAGCCCAGAUGACCGCGGCCCUCAGCUCGGACCCCACGGUGCUGGGCAAGUACCGGGCCGGCUUCAGCCAGUGCAUCAACGAGGUGACCCGGUUCCUGUCCACCUGCGAGGGCGUCAACGCCGACGUCCGCACGCGGCUGCUGGGACACCUGGACAGCUGCGUCGCCCACAUCAACGCCAUCGGCUACCCGGCGCACGCCCCCUUCGGGCACACCCUGGUACAGCUCCCCGGGACCGCCGCCGCCGCCGCCGCCGCCGCGCCCCCUGGCGGCGGGGGCGGAGCCGGCGGAGGAGGAGGAGGAGCAGCAGGAGCAGCAGGAGGAGGAGGAGCAGGAGCAGGAGGAGCAGGGAUGCCCUGCAAGGCCACCAGCCCCAACCCGGACCCCGGGAAGAUGCUCGGCGGCUUCCAAGUAGUCCCCGCCCCGGACGGCCAGUUCGCCUUCCUCAUCCCCAACGCGGCCUUCGCGCCCAACGGACCCGUCCUCCCCCUCUACCCCCACAGCGGCCUCCAUCCCGCGGGGCCCAGCGCCCCCUCACCCAUCACCGCCGACUCCGUGUGGAGGCCCUGGUGAACCUCCUUCCACACUCUCCAAUCCAACUCCCACCCCCAGGCUCCCAGCGCUCCGUCACCCAUCACCGCCGACUCCGUGUGGAGGCCCUGGUGAACCUCCUUCCACACUCUCCAAUCCAACUCCCACCCCCAGGCUCCCAGCGCUCCGUCACCCAUCACCGCCGACUCCGUGUGGAGGCCCUGGUGAACCUCCUCCCACACUCUCCAUUCCCACUCCCACCCCCAGGCUCCCAGCGCCCCGUCGCCCAUCACCGCCGACUCCGUGUGGAGGCCCUGGUGAACCUCCUUCCGCACUCUCCAUUCCGACUCCAACCCCCAGGCUCCCAG